AUGGGAAUAUCGCGCAGCAACGCACACAAAAGAAAGGCAACAGGUGGCAAAAAGCGCAGGCACGAGAAGAAGCGCAAGCACAACAGCGGCAGAGCGCCCUCAAACACCAAGAUAGGCCCUACCAAGGUGAAGCCCAUGCGUGUCCGUGGCGGCAACAUAAAGCGCAGGGCCCUCCGGCUGAACAGCGGCUCGUUCACAUGCAAGUCGCUGAAUGUGACCAAGUCGUGCGCAAUUGCGCAGGUUAUGUACCAUCCGACGAACAACGAGCUCAUGAGGACCAACACGCUCACGCGAUCUGCGAUUGUUAAGAUCGAUGGAACGGGGUUUAAGGAAGUGCUGAGCGGUGAUGAUGGAUUUAAAGAGGGUGCGUAUUAUGCACGUAUUACAUCGAGGCCUGGACAGGAUGGUGCGGCUGAUGGAUAUUUGUUGGAAGGAGCCGAGCUCUCGUUUUAUAUGGAUAAGUUUAAAAAAAGGAAGGGAGAAUAAAUGACAUUGGUUUACUGCGUUUUUGUGGAAUCUGGUGCAGGGUCUGUUUUGUUAAGGCAUGCUUGUUCUUCCCAUGGCCUUCUUUUGCUGAUCCCUUGCUCAAGGUGCGUGUUACACACGGUAUCUUUGUAGAUGUGGCUGCGGUUACGUUCCCCGUGUUUUUAUGUACCAAAUGUUCCCUGGUGCGAUGCAUGCGCUUUCUGCUUUGAUUACAAAACGAAGAAAAUGCCGGUAUAGCGGUGAAAUAUGCGAAUUGUUGUCAUAAAAUGUUGCAGCAACAGCAAACGUGUG